AUGCUAAUAGUCCAAAAUUACCUCAAACAAUCGCCCAACUCGUCGAUCAAGUCGUGCAGUAGUGGGGGUUUGACGGCACAUAUGAACACAGGCACAGAAAGUGGGACCCAGACCAACACUCACAGCGCAGUGGCAAACAGGAGUUAUUUUGAAUCUAUCAAGACUGAUCGUCAAUUUUUUCAUCUAAACAUCAGGGCGUUGGGCACAUUUGUCUCGAUGCUACUAAACAUCAUCCUUCAUAUCGUCAAUAUCUCCAGAACAACUGAUGCCCUGACAGUGCCUUACUGGCGAACAGUCGCAACGCUUCUUGGAACCGUGGGGAGUAUAUUUUCUGGGAUUCCAGUCGUAUGGCAAUGCUGGAGGCUCCAUGUCGAUCAAUCGGACGCAACCGCCGACUGCUCAAACAGAUAUGCCUUAGCAGUAGUAAAGGCACGCGAAAGCCACGUUCCCCUUGACGCUUCCGGGGCGAGAGGGCUCAAAGUUCCUGUUACCAUCCAUUUCGAGCACAGCGACACACUAGUAGCACCAAAGCCGGAAAUGACAUGA